CUGCGCAUGCGUCUUGAGGAGGCUGGUUGAUGGAUGGAGGAUGGCUCCUCUCCCAGGAGCAGAAUUGGUGAAGACCCCUUUACAGUUAUAUCGCUACCUGCUCCGUUGUUGCAGGGUCCUUCCGGAAAAAAACCUCCAGGAACAUUACAAGCACACAAUCCAACAGAGUUUCAAAGUUCACGCUGAUGAAGAUAGUCCUGAGAGGAUUCAGCAGAUUAUUAAAAGGGCCAUCCAAGACGCUGACUGGGUGAUGGACAAAUAUAAGAAACCAAAGUAAAGGAGAAACAGUUGAUGGAGACAUGAAGAUCGUUUCUUAAAGCAAUUAGAGUGAAGAAACCAGUUUGUGACAGUAGUUGGUUCACUGGAAGAGGAGAGAACGUAGUUGGUUCACUGGAAGAGCAAGCUACUGGCAUUUAAGAACUUCUUUGCUAUUGAAGGUCAACUUUUAAUAAAUAAGGGGUAAGCUGUCUAGAGCAAGUGAUCUUUAGUAACUGAAUUUUCUGGGUUGAAAUAACAUGGCCUUUACAGGGCUGGGAGCAGGAGUCAUCAUGAUGUUGCAUUUCCAGAAGACACAUUCAAUUUUUCCACAGGCUUUAGAUCCAUGGUCUGGUUUUAGUCAUAGUUUACAUUGGUAGCAUGUUGGUAG